AACGAUACUGAACUUUAUGUCCCCUCAACACUUACGUGUAAAGUAAAGUGGCGCUCUCUGAGCGCUGAGCUGGCUUGUUGUUUUGUCAACGAGCUGCCUGUCACUUCCUAUAAUUAUUAUUUUAUUGGGUUUCUCUUUUUUCUUUGCAAAGAAAAGCAACAAGAACACAUUGUUGUUGGUCGUAUCUGCUGUUAGCCCGGCUUGCUAGCUAGCUAUAGCUACACACCUGGAGCAUUAAUUGCGUGGCGGGGUGAUUUUCCCCCUCAUGUCUGUGUGUUUGUCGGACACAAACGAACCAAGCAGAGCCAGAUUCAGCACACUAGCAGCUAACAGUUGUAGCCAGUUGAGCGCUGGCAUGCUAACAUACUGUGUUACUCAGUGACUAGCUUAUGUAUGUUGUUUACUUAAAACCUGGACAUGCAACUGAGGACACGUAAUUCAUCCCUCAGGCGCACACGGUUGACAAUGACACCAGGCCCGGCUGCUGGUUAGCCUGCUCUCACAGUGUGGAAUGGAGCAAAGGUCAACACUUUCUCUUACAUGCGAGAGGCAGCAUGUAGCACUUUAACUACAUUGUCAUCACCCCUGUUAAAUGCUUUGCUCUCACUGUUCCAUCACCAUCAUCCUUCUCUGGCACAGAGAUGCAGAAGAGCUGAGGCGAAGUUGUCUAAACCACACAGCUGGGUUUGUUUUUAUUAAUUUCAUGUUGCACCAGUUUUUCGAGACAUAUAAAAUCCUCACAUGGUGAUCUGAACGAGCAGAAGAACACACUCAAUCACAGCGUGGUUCAUACGCCUGCUGACACAAUGGUGGCGGAGGACACGGCAUUAAGUGGCGACCUGUCAGACGGCGAGAAUGAGAUGGACCUGAAGUUGCCUGCAUGUGAAGACGGAGACGUGGCUGUCUCUGCUUGUGAGGCCCCGUCUCCCUCAGAUGGCCCUCAGGAGGAAGCAAGAGACCCCAGAAAGUGGAAGUGGGCCGUGGGGUUCUUGUGUUUCUAUGGGUUCAUGGGAUCGAUAAAGCCCGGGGAGCCAUUUAUUACACCGUAUCUACUGAGCGCUGAGAAGAACUUCACCAGAGAGGAGGUGACCAAUGAGAUCACCCCCGUGCUGACGUACUCCUACAUGGUGGUGCUGGUGCCGGCGUUCCUGCUGACGGAUCUGAUGCGCUACAAGCCGGUGUUGAUCAUCCAGGGCGUCAGCCAGGUGGUCAUCUGGCUCAUUCUGCUCCUGGGCACCAGCCUCCUGGAGAUGCAGUUCAUGGAGUUCUUCUACGGCAUCACCAUGGCCUGCCGCGUGGCCUACUCCUCCUACAUCUUCUCCCUGGUCAGUCCGACCCUCUACCAGCGCGUGGCGGGAUACUCCCGCUCCGCUGUGCUCUUGGGCGUGUUCACCAGCUCGGUGUUGGGCCAGCUGUGCAUGUCCGUUGGCAACGUCAGCUUCUACACCCUCAAUGCGAUAUCGUUGGGCUUCGUCAGCUUCGGUAUGCUGCUCUCCCUGUGCCUCCCGUGGCCUAAACGCUCCCUGUUCUUUAACCGGUUGAGGAAUCAGGAGGAGAAGAAACUGGCGGCAGCAGCAGCAGCAGCAGCAGCCAGCAAAUCUGAACUGGACAAAAUAAACCCGAAAGACACUGUGCCGUCCUCAGCAUCACGCUGGAAGGACUCUGUUGUCCUGCAGAUGCUGCUUGAGGUGAGAAACGUGUUGAGGAGGCCCAACCUGAGGCUCUGGUGCCUGUGGUGGGUGUUCAACUCCACAGGCUACUACCUGGUGCUGUUCUACGUCCACAUCCUGUGGAACAAAGUCUACCCGGCCAAGGAGAACAAGCACGUCUACAACGGGGCGGUGGAGGCGGCUUCUACCCUGCUGAGUACGCUGACGUCCUUCACCGCAGGCUUCGUGAAGAUCCGGUGGAACGUCUGGUCCGAGCUGGUCAUCGGUGUGAUCACAGCACUGCAGGCUGCUCUGCUGCUGCUCAUGCUCACCACAGACAACAUCUGGGUCUGCUACACGGCCUACGUCCUCUUCAGGGGCUUCUACCAGUUCCUGGUGCCUAUCGCAACUUUCCAGAUCGCCUCGUCUCUUACCAAGGAGCUCUGCGCCUUAGUGUUCGGCAUCAACACCUUUUUGGGGACCAUCCUGAAGACCAUCAUCAACCUGAUCUUUGCUGACAAGAGAGGUCUUGCGUUGGAUGUUAAAAGUCAGUUCAUGGUGUACUUUGUUUACUUCACCAUCCUCACCGUCGUCUACUUUGUCUGCGCCGCUGUGGUCAUCAUCCGUCACUAUAGAAACCAGCCCGCUGGGGGAGGCGGGACCGGCGAGCAGGCGACGUCCACAGAGCUGCACCCCGUGGCUGCAGAGGCAGAAACGCUGUCUAACGGCAAAAGUGCCAAUGCAUAACGACGUCAACAUCUGAUCUUAAUCUAGAUACGUUUCUCGUGGGAGCUCCUCAGACUCGGCGGGAUCAAUCAGUUUCUCCGUCUGAUGCUGGAGUGGUUUGUUCAGUGUUAGCUGCUCUGCCUUAAUCAUAGAAGUGCCUCACCCUGCAGGGCUGCAGGGCUCUUUGUUGUACAGUAAAUUCUUUUUUAAAAAUUGAAUAUGAAACAUUAAGUGCUACCAUGGCUCGUCAUAUUGUGGCAGAUCAUCUACAACACAGAGAGGGACCAUUCACACACUGAGAAGAUGCUGAAACUGUCCUGUGUCAGUGACAGUGAGCUUCACGAUUACUAUGUGAUCACCAAGUAUUUACCACGGCAGCAUUCUCUCAUUGACACUCCUAUUGUAUUGGAUGUUACAGCUCCUUGAUUAUAUGUUAUUUGAUAAGAAAUUGCACCAGUAUAUCAGCUUUGAUUGAUAAUCACAUCACAUUGUUAUAUAAUCAGCGUUGGAAGGGUGUCUCCUUCUGCAAACCUUUGUGUCGGUUGAGUUGAAGCUGUUUAAUUUGCUCUGUCAGACACUUUUAACAGUUUUUAUUUGGCAAUAAGUCCAAAUACACAGCUUGACACGGUUGUUAAUAUGUGACCUUUUUCCCCUUGCAUUAGUUUUUAGUUGUAUCUUGGGUGAAGAUGCCUCCUGACAGGAUUGAUGAUGCACUAGUCAAUAAUCUUGCUGCUAGUUUGCUGCAUAUGACUCUACAAACCAAUCGACCCUCAGGAAGGGCUGCAGCUCUAUUCAAGCUGUUUUAAAUGCAGGAGGCAGUUAGUUCAGUCCUGCAGACAACGUAGGAACACAGUGUUACGUGAUGCAACAGUGCAAACACAUCGAGUCGGUUUUUAAAAUGUCCAUUUGCUUUCUUAAAAAGCAGAUUCUGAAUCAAGAGGAUAUUUCUUACUGUAGAGACGACAGUAGUAACUAAGUUUUGAGUUGGAUUGUACUUAAAUUCAGAAUGUAUAGAUGUUUUUUUAUAUACAUAUUUGAUUUGAUAAUUGAAGAGAAACUGUGAACCUGUCUGAAUGCUGUAAAAAGGAAACACUGGCGUCAAUCAAAUGUUUAUUUUUUAUUCACGAAUAAAUAACGUUUGAUGGAUAAAAGCUC